UAAUUAACCUCAAAAUCUCUUAAUUAUUCACUUCUCUUCACAGCCUCCAAUCGUUUGAGUUUCUCUUAAUUUUUUUGCUUCAGGAGUUCAAAUUUCUUAAGCAAAGAUUUAUCAAUUUAGGGCAUGAAAUGAUCGCUUAAUUUGAUUGUUUCGAUUUUUUAGGCAGCUGAAAAUGCCAGGCAUUAAUUGGAGGGAAUGCCAAGCCGAGAUUGGGGUUACCGGUCUAACGGUGUCGGCGGGCGGCGGCUGGAGGACUCAGCUGCCUCCGGGUUCCAGACAUAGAAUCGUAGACAAAAUGUUAGAGAUGCUGAAGAAGCAUAUUCCCUUUGCUGGAGAAGAGGGACUGCAGGAUCUUCAAGAAACUGCUCUCAGGUGUGAGGAAAGAAUUUUUAUUAAGGCAACAAGCCAGUCAGACUAUUUAAGAAAGAUAACUUCAAAAAUGCUGGGGGUCGAGAUGAGAUCCCAAAAACUUAGACUGAACCCUCUUCAGAGUAAUGCUGCUAGUACUAGCACAAACUCACAAGACCCAACUUCUCAAAGCAUGCAUUCGCAAAUCCAAAGCCAUGCCCAGCAAUUACCAACUCCAAUGGUCUCCAAUAUAUAUCGGCAACAUAUUUUAUCCCAAAAUACCCGGAAUAACAUCCAAUCAACUGGGGUGCCGAAUUCUACUGGUUUGACACACUCAAUGCCCCCUGUUGGUGGCAUGUCCCAGGGUACCAUGUCCAAUGUUUCUGUUGAGAAUCCUAACAUGCAAAACAUGUCUAAUGUAACUCCGAAUGCAGUAUUGAAUUCGAUAUGGCUGGAUGUUCCGACUAAUAUGUAUGGAAACUCUCAGAGACGGAUUCCAGGUGUGCAGCAGCAGGUUGUUUCUCAGGAUACCCAACAACAUUCUCAGAAUCCUGUGGUGAAUUCGCUUCAGUCAAAUGAUGUGGCUGCAAGCAUGGAAGUCGGUGAUUGGAGGAGUCAACUACGUCCAGAUAUCAGAACGAGGGUGGUAAAUAAGAUAGCUGAGACAUUGAAGGGGCAUAUCCCUUUUUCUGGACUAGAUGAAGCUUUGGAAAUUGAAAGAAUGGCUGCUAGGUUUGAGGAAAUGACACAUUCUGUGGCAACAAGCCAGUCAGAUUAUUUAAGAAAGAUAUCUUUGAAAAUUCUGACAAUCCAGACGAGAUCUCAGAAUCCUAUUGCUCUACUCUCUUGAUGAUGCAUGUGAUCCCAAGAUCUAGGCUCCAUAUGCUGCAGACGAUGCCACAUUGUGGCAAGGUUUUCCAUAUAUAGAGCUCCGGUGGGAGCAAUUGUGAUGCUGAGAAUGCGCUGCAGUGUUUCAAGAAUAUGCAUAAGUAUAGUAUAUUGUAAUGUUUGUUUACUGAGAAUUAUGGGGAACUGUCUCAACUAUUGCAGUUAACUCUAUUGCUAAACACUUGUCUUAAUAAUGGGUGUGAUAUUUUGUGAGUUGUUAUGCAAUAUGUUUUAGCGA